AAUUUGCGAUUUUGUAUAUUAAUCGGAAAACAUCGCAUAUUUCCACGAAGUAAAUGCAACAAAACUGUGUGGACAAUGUUCCCAGUCGAAAAACCGAUCACGGCGAUAUUGAGUAGCACCGUUUCGGGCUAAACAGCACAAUGACCAAGACCAAGGGUGAGAAAAUCAACAAAUCCGCGAUCAACGAAGUCGUGACGCGCGAGUGCACCAUUCACUUGGCCAAGCGUGUCCACAACAUCGGCUUCAAGAAGCGCGCACCCCGCGCCAUCAAGGAGAUCCGCAAGUUCGCCGAGCGGGAGAUGGGCACCACCGAUGUGAGGAUCGACACCCGUCUGAACAAGCACAUCUGGUCCAAGGGUAUCAGGUCCACUCCAUUCCGCAUUCGCGUGCGCCUGGCGCGUCGCCGCAACGACGAUGAGGACUCCCCCAACAAGCUGUACACUUACGUGACCUAUGUGCCGGUGUCCACGUUCAAGAACUUGCAGACCGAGAAUGUCGAGUCCAGCGACGACUAAGCAACGUAAUUGACGGCCAAGAAAACACGGUUAAUAAAAAGUAAUUUUUAUUUAGAAAAAAC